AGCUUGCUUAAUAUUGCUAAAGUCUUCUUUUGUACUUUCAUCACAGUUCCAGAUAGUUUUCUAUUUCAAUAAGUUCGAUAAAUGAGCAUCUUUCAUAGCCUAGCCUCUUACAAAGCUCCUAUAGAAUCCAGCCAAAUCUAAGUGAUCAUAGAUGCUUAAUAUUUCUAGUCUCUGGACAGUCUUUUAUAACUUGCAUUCUUUCUGGACAUAGUUGUAUUCCCAUUAUUCUCACACUGUGUCCCAAAAAGUCAACUCUUGUCACCAAAAGUAUGUUUUAGAAACUUUUAUUAGUAACCCUUUUUCUUCCAGUCACCUCAAAAUAUAUAUCAAUAAUUGUCAACAGUCUUCCCAAGUCUUGUAGACUAUUAAUAAAUCAUUGACAUACAUUAUUAAUUCUUGCACUAAUUCCCUCCCUAAUAAAUAUUGAGCAGGAAUGAAAACUGACACAGGAAUGUCCAAUUCGGUAAUGGAGUAAUUCAAUCAUGCUUGCCAAGACUUCAACUAAUGAAAGCUGUUGUUCUGUGAUCACCUUCUCCUGGAUUCCAUUCUCCUUGGUACAGCUCACAACCCAAGGCGAAUUGUAAUACUUCCAUGGCAUUUACUUUAAACUGAAAAGAUUUUCUUUCAAAUAAGAAGGCUGUGUAUGGCCUUGAGUGGUCAUGUAAUGCUACCUGCCAGUAUCCUUCCAUGAAAUCUAUGGAAAUAUGAAAUUCUGCUUCAUCAAAGUUAGAUAACAUCACUUCUGUACUCAGGGUUCUAACCCUUUCUGUCUCUUUGUGUUUAUGGAGUGAUCAUGAAUCUAAAACUAAAUGAACACCUACCACAAGUCUCUUAAGUACCCACAACAGACCCUAAAAAUGCAUUGAGUUAUGUUGCUGUCUAUCUCCUUUCAUAUUUCAUCUCUCACUGCAAUUCGAAGGUUUAUUGGUAGUGGAUACGACUUGCAAAAGGAAAAAAACUGUGUCAUCUUUUACUUUAAACUUACAGAAGUAUUCCUUCAUUAGUCCCAAGUUAUCUGUGACCACAUCUUUAUGUUUUAACAGAAUACCUUCUAAUUAAGAUUUCUGUUCUUCUGGCACUACAGGUGAUUCUCUUGCUAUCAAUUUAAUGCCAACUCCUCUUGAUUUAAUACUUCCCUUCUUUUUCUUGUUUAUUUUCAUCUGUUGCAAUAAUAUCAGUAAACACAACUAAAUGAAUAUGCUCCUCUGAUGAUGGGCCUUGCUUAGAUUUCAAUGGAUUACUUUGGAAAGCUAUGCUAGCUACCUUUUUACCUAUUUUCCACACAAAUAUUUUCUGGUUGAAAUCCAAUCGAUAAUAAUUAUCAAGUAACCAAUCUUAUCCUAACAGGAUCUAUGGCACUAGCAACAAUGUUUGAUGGAAGUUCCACUUUUUAAUCGUAACUGGUAGUCAUGUUUCUUUUUUAAUUUGCUUCCCUUUAUUACAGGGGGUUCCAGUAACACACACUCCCAUUACUGGUACUAGGAGGCAACAAUAUUUCUUCCUCAUUAGCGCUAGCCAUGGUGUAAGAUUAAUGAUAUUUUAUGCACAGAAUAUAGGUGAACAUCAACUUUAUUUCCAAAAAUGUCACUCACUACUAUUGGUUUACAAUGUUCUCCCUUAGCUGUUACUUUUCCUUCUUUAAACAACUACUCAAGAAUAGGUCUCAACCAUGUGAGGAUUACUGUCUUCUCUGAAUGAGGGCCUACUAUUCUAUUAUUAGUUUGGCAUGGAUCUUAGUGUCAAAUCUUUUUCCUGAACUUUAGGGUGAAUUUUACAGCAAUUCAUCCACAAAGCUUUAAUGUAGCAAAAAUUAUGUUUAUAUCUUUUUUAGUAAUAGGUCAAAUUUCGGACAACUUUUUCCAUAAUGAAUCAUAUUUCGACCAAUUUUUUUUCCAGAAAUCCAAAUGUUUGUCGUAUUUUUAAGUACACAAGAAUAUAAACAUGAAAAUUUUACUCACAUGACAAUGUUUGAGGUAAUGUUGUCACAAUUAAACACAAUUACUACAAAGAUUUAUUUAUCGGGUUUAUAGUAGACAAGCAGUGUAACACAUUAUGUAGUCCGUUCACUGAUAUAAAGAUUGUUGCACAGAGUCUACAAAACAUUCUCGAAGCCAACAAGGGUGGCUUCUGGCGCAAUAAACAUAGCACAAGUAGUCGCCCCAUUCAGUUUGAAUACAAACUUAGUCCUAUUCGACGAAACCAGGGGAGAAAUUCUUCAGCAAUGACAAGGAAAUAUUAUUUUAUAAACUAUAUGAAGUUAAGGUUAAUGGGGGAAAUGGCUUUAAUGUGUAAAAACACUGCAACACCUCCAAACACAGUAGCUGCACGAAGAUAAGUGCUGAGAAGGACAGCAGACGAACGCUGUUAUUUGAGUAGACAUGUCCAUCUUCAGAGGUGCAAGAACUUGUUUAAGAUGGUGGUGUCUUGCAAUGUCCUAUUGGAGAAGCUGAAGAAUCCCCGCUUCAGACAGUUCUUGAAGUACAAAAUAAAUCCAGUUCCAGAUGAAGCUACGCUGAGAAACGACUAUUUAUCUGUGUGCUACGAGGAAGUGCUCGACAAAAUACGAACUAAAGUUGUUGACCAAGAGAUUAGGGCGUCUAUCGGAAAUCACCAAUUUGGAUAGGGGUUAAAUUGUAAAUACUUUUGUUGGUGUCCUUAAAGUUGACGGACCUGGAGAAAUGUUUCUCCUAAGGGUGUGAAGCUCUCAGCAGAAUAAACAGCUCGACAACUGCCUUUGCGUUUGACAACUCAAUGAAGCUACUGUCACUGUUGGUGUGAAUAGAGACCAAUAAAUGGUGCUUCAUACAUGGCUGUAGCAGCCUACAGACUUCAGAGUCUCUAUCCCAGUGUGGCACACAUCACUUGCCUUGCACACGCAUUGUACAGAGCUGUAGAAGAGGUGAAAUUAAAUUGCACUGAUGUGAGCCAACCGAUCUCCUCUAGCAAGAAAAUCUAUGUGAAAGCUCCACUAAGAGUACAAAAAUUAAAGAACAGGGAGCUUCCCUCCAUUUCCCCCUCAGCUUGUACUUACACAAUGAGGUUCUUGGGUUAAUGUUGUUGAGUAUUACUGUACCUAUUACACCAAAACAAGACGAUCUUUUCUGAGCCUGAUAGUGAUUAAUAAAGUGCUAUCAGAACUGCCAAAGAGUUCUUUACAGAUACGUUGUCUCUAAACUUGACAUACAUCAACGCGCUGUGUCAUCCGAACAAGACACAGGUGCAAAGAUGCGAGCUGGUGCCAGUGCCAUAGAGACUCUCCACUUGCGCGAGUUCCACCUGCGCCACUGUCGGCGCUGAGCAUGGAGGUAAGAAUAGAGGGAGACGCCGUGAUGUCACAGCUGUGAAGUUAUGUGAAGCCGAGGGUAGCCAUCUCAAUCCGACCAAAACAUUGCUGCUGUAAACUUGUGUGCAUAGGCUUGUCGCUCACUUUUGGAAGGAUUUUGCGCUAUUAUGGUGACUUGUGUGGUGUUCGGAUGUACGAAUCUUUCUGAUUGUGAUGCGAAAUCGAAGGGAAUAACAUUUCAUGUAUUUCCUAAAAAUGAAAGUCGGAAAGCUCUGUGGGAGAAUGCCGUGAGGAGGAAGAAUUGGUGUGCGUCGAAAUGGAGCACUAUAUGUUCUCAGCAUUUCCGAGAAGAGGACAUAGACCGAACUUCCGUUUCAACAGUAAGGCUCCGAGAAAAUGCUGUACCAUCAGUUUUCCCUACACACCCAAAACAUUUGCAAAAGUACAGAGUUGGAAGGGCACGAUAUAAUGAAAUCAAUUGCCUAUCAAUGUAUGUGUCAAGGUCUCACUGCAAUAUUGUGAAGAAAGACAAAGGAUUAUACAUAAUAGAUGGUGGGAUAAAUUGUGUUGUAAUGCGAGGUUUUAAUGAAGAUGAAGUGUGCAGUUUUGUGGAGUUAACAAAAGAGAAAAAUGUUGAUGUAAGAUUUAUCGAGUACAUGCCUUUCAGCGGCAACAAAUGGAAUGAUGGGAAGAUGGUCUCAUUUAGUGAAAUGGUCCAAAUAAUUAGAAAGCAGUGGCCUAAUUUUGAUCCUCUGCCCAAUGGGCCCAAUGAUACCUCAAAGGCAUACCAUGUCCCGGGCUUCAAGGGACGUGUGGGAUUUAUUACCUCAAUGAGUGAACACUUCUGUGGCACGUGCAACCGUUUACAGAUAACAGCUGAUGGCAAUUUGGAGGUGUGUCUCUUUGGGUAUUCAGAGAUAUCUCUCAGAGAUGCAAUACGAAGCAAAUGCAGUGAGGAUGACUUGCUUGCCAUGAUUGGGGCAGCAGUGAGAAGAAAGAAGAAACAACAUGGAGGCAUACUGAACCUGUCAAAGAUGAAGAAUCGGCCAAUGAUUCUUAUUGGAGGAUAACAGCGGCCCUGAACUUGAUGGCUGUAGUGAUGUCGUGAAGGCACAAAGUUGGAAGUUGUUAAACCUUCAGAAACAAGAUUUUCAAAAGUACUUCUUCUCAGAUACCAAUAUUUCGCCCCUGUUUGUGUCGGAUACACAGACGUCUCAGUUGUUGUCACGUAAUUUGAGUGUAGUGACUGAAUCUAGAAAACAGUUUCUUUUGCUUCCCUGUGCCCCAAGCAUUAUGUGCAAUGCAGGACUCCUAACAAAACAAACACACAGAGCACAGCCCUCUGUCUUCUCUUGCCGUUUCUGCAGUUUGGGAGCACAGUCCGAAAGUCGGACUCAUGUUGACCGGUCUGGCAGGGCGAAAAUGGUCAACGUGGGUUCGAAGCUGGUGACAGAACGGACUGCUACAGCACGAGCAAAGGUUUUUGUCGGACCCGAACUGAUGAAACUCAUAUGAGAAAAUGGCCUGAAGGUACUUAGCGUUGCUCGCGUGGCGGGAAUUGUGGGGUCCAAGCAGACGUCCAGCCUUAUCCCUCUGUGUCAUAACAUAUCUUUAUCCUCUGUGGCUGUGGACAUUGAACCGGACUCUGCUCUCAACUGUGUGAUUAUAACUGGCACGGCAAAGUGUAGAGGGCAGACGGGCAUGGAGAUGGAAGCUCUCGCUGCUGUAUCGGUGUCUGCCUUAACAGUGUACGAUAUGUGCAAAGCUGUGAGUCAUGACAUUGUGAUAUCUGAAAUAAUGCUUCUGGCCAAAAGUGGGGGAACUAGAGGAGACUUCCACCGGACAUGAGCAUCUGUGUGGCAGUGA